AUGGAGGACGCGGCGGAGAGGCGCGAGCGGCUGGAGGCGAUGAGGAAGAGGGCGAGAGAGGUUAGAGAGAGGCAAGAGCAAGAAGACAAGGAGCUGCAGGACGAAGCUGGCAGAAAGCACUCUGCUCCACCGGUGCAAGGAGGAGGCGAGGAGCAGGGAGGUCAGGGGAUGGAGGGACUGCCAGGGACUCCAGGGAUGCAAGGACAUGCAGGAAUUCCUCCUGUGGGAAGGUUUCUACAAACGAACGCUAUGGGGAUGCCAAUGCCGCAUGCUGGUGAUGGCAGUACUCCCGGAUACUAUGCUUCAUUUCAUCUGCCGUCUGGCGGUAUGAACGGCAACUUCGAGGUGCAGGCGUUUUCCGCCAUGGAUUCGCAUGCAGGGUAUGGGGAUGUGGCAGGGAGUCUUGCUCCAUGGUGGUGA